AUGACCGACCAAAGCAGACAAGACAACGUGGACAAGGGUUCGCAGCAUGCCUUACCUUUUUCCACCCCAGCACGCCCUCGAACUACCACUGAGCACGAGUCAGGCGGAAGUCCUCAACGUCCGUCCUAUUCGCCAGUCACUCCGACUUUGUCUCAUACCAGCCUGGCCUCCCAUGAUGGUGUAGGAGUAGACCUCCCACCUGCGCAAUGGAUGGACGAGCCGCCUGAACCCCUCCCAGUUAGCCUAGAUGACAAUCCAGACGCAAUGGCCUUACGAGCCACCUUAUCUAUCCUCCAAAUCCAGCGGCAGCAGGCCCUACGGGAUAUGCAGGAGUUGGAUAAGAUGAAAAAGGCUGCUUUGGAAGAUCCCGACCAAUUUAUCAAAGACCUUCAGGCAGGGAAACUCAGUCGCUCGCCACGGUCUGGUAUAGAUGUUGAUGAGCCAGAGCUUGUUGCCGCCGAGGACAAAGAAAGAGAUGCGUCCAAGUUUGGACACUUCCCACGCGCUCAAAACAUCGUCCGCACUCCACCGGUCGAGUGGGCCAAAUAUCACAUUGUCGGCGAGCCGUUAGACCGAAUACACAAGAGCCAGCAACAAUAUCCAGGAGUUAGCGACGAAUCGCUGGAGACACUAGAUCGCCCUCAGCCUCACACGAUCGCGGCUCCGUAUCGCCCCUUUGUGGACAAGCUGGAACAGCCACGAGCUCAAUCGAAUCCACGUAAUUCGGAAUCUUGA